AUGGAGGAUAGGAAGAGAUCUGCCGGUGACGACCUGGCACCACCCAACAAACGACAAGCCACGAAUGGCAAAGCGUCUGCCGAUGCCGAUAUGCCAUGGUCGAGCGAUCUGGAGAAAUAUCAGAAGGAUGCCAUCUACCGACAAAUGUUGGAAUAUAAAAGAGAGAAGGCGACAUUUGAAUCCCAAUUGAAGGAUACGCAAAAGAAGGCUACCGACCAUGAUGAUCAUUUGAGAGUGAUAAAUGCCUGGUGGGCACAGUUACUUGACGAGGUCAAACUUCUGGUUGAAGACCAAGUCCCAUCCACAGAUGAUAUUGAUGCAUCUUUUCCGACAAGAUUACAAUUUAAAGGUAGCGAAGACUUCCAAAGUCACCUAGCGUCCAAAGCGAAAGAAAUCAAAGCCAAACUCCAAGCAAUAUUUACAAAUCUUACUUCCGUCAGAGGGAUUCCAUCAAGCGACGUUCAUGAUUUGCAAGCGAAACUAACCAAGCUCUUAUCGGCGCAAAAAGAAUACAUGGUCAAAGUCGACAGGCUUCGAGUCGAAAAGGAAGAGCUUGGCGAAAGGCUAGAAACGGCCUCAUUGCGGUAUAUCAAGGCCGAGAAGAGGUUAGAUAGAGCCAAGAGCUCAGCAGUCGCGAAACUCGAGCAACAAGCAAUCGCAAACAGUUCGGGCACCGGUAUCGGAUCCGCUGUAAAUGGGGACACUGAAAUGACAAAUGGAAUGUCUGAAGAUAGUAAGGCUUCACAGACGGCUUACGAGGAAGCAUCGGCUGUCGUAGCCAAGCAGAAGGAGCAGCUAGAGGCAAUUGCUGCAGAGAACAAAUCGUUGACCGAGCAAUUCACGGUAGCGACAAUUAGGUUAUCCAACUUGACGGAAGACGAUUAUGCGCGUACAGAACUUUUCAAGCAAUUUCGUGUUCAGCACGAGGAUGUAAUCAGGAGGAUCAAUCAUCUCGAGGCCACCAAUCUUCAGCUCCAGAAGGAGGCGGAAAAAUACCAGGCCGAGCGGACUGCGUACCGCGCGCAAAUCGAAAAUGAAUCUGAAAUUGUUACCGGGGAAUUGGAAAGCCAGCUAGCCAGAAUGGAUGCCGACCUGACGAGGAUCCGAUCCGCGCGUGACGAAUUAACUGCGGAAAUUGGGGUGCAAAAAGCCAGCCAGGAACACGACCAGGCCGCUAAAGAGCACUUGAAGCAGCUGGUAGCUGCAAAGGACGGUCAGAUUUCUGCGUUAGAACUGGAAACGGAGCGUCUCAAAACACAGAUUAAAGAAUCUUGUGAUCCAACACUUCGACCAGAUAUUGAUUCAUUAGACUUGACCCAGUUACGUCAGAAGUAUGAGGCUUUGGCUCAGGAAUACGAAUCCUUGAAUAAGGAGAUGCCUGCUCUCCAAACCGCCUACAAGCGCGUUCAGGCGCUUUCGACUAAGAGGGUCAUGGAUUUUACUGCCAUGGAAGAGAGGAUCUCGAUACUACAAGUCGAAAAAUCCAAGGCUGAUCAAAAAUAUUUCGCUGCUCGGAAGGAUAUGGAUACCCGAAUUCUGGAAGUGAGGAGUUUGAGAGCUCAAAAUUCGAAAAGCUCCGAGAUUAUCACCCAACUCAAGGACGUGGAAACUUCGAAUCGUGCUCUGUUGAGCAACCUUGAAAAACAGCUCAGCGAUAUGAGACAAGCGAAUACGUCAAUAACAGCAGAAAACAAGAAGAUGGAAACCACGAGCAGAGAUGCAACAAGCAAGUUGGAUACGCUCAAGAAUCAAGUUGCGGAGCUGUCGGCAUUAUUGAAGUCCAAGGAUGCCGCUAAUGCGAGUACGAAACAAAAGGCCUAUGCCUUGGAGACUGAACUCGAACAACUGCGAGUGAAAUAUGAGCACGCGCAAAAGGAACGAGAUACUUGGAAGACGAAAAGUCUUAGUAAUCAAUCUGGCGAAGAAGAAAUGCUCAGAUCUUACGCCCUGUGCACAAUAUGCCGCAAGGACUUUAAAAAUACAACUUUAAAGACAUGUGGUCAUACCUUCUGCAACAACUGCGUCGAUGAUCGCAUUGCAAAUCGCAUGCGCAAAUGUCCGAAUUGCGCCAAAUCAUUUGACAAGCUCGACGUCAUGGCUCUCCAUAUGUGA